AUGGCUAUCAGUAAUCUCUUAGCCACCAGCAAUCCCGUCAAACUCAAUGGCGUCAGCUUCUUCUCCUCGUUCUCAGGCAAGCCAAACCAUUUCUUGUCUCGUCGUUGGUCACAGACGACGACUCAUAGUAGAGUCCAAACUUCAUUUUGUUAUCGUGAGACGUCGUUGGAAGCUGUGACGCCGUUAAUGAUGCCUGAGACAGAAACAUGUAUUGACAGUGACGGAGUUGGAAUCGUCAGUUUCUUAAAAGGGAAAAGCUAUCUCGUUUCCGGCGCAACAGGGUUUCUUGCUAAAGUGCUGAUAGAAAAAUUGUUGAGGGCAAGUCCUGAGAUUGGGAAGAUUUUUGUUCUGAUGAAAUCCAAGGAUCAAGAAUCAGCCAACAAGAGACUCUAUGAUGAGGUUCUGAAGCAAAUGCACGGUACCUCUUACGAAGAAUUUAUGAAGAGUAAAUUGAUUCCAGUACUUGGAGACAUUGGAGAAGAAAAUCUCGGGAUUGAACAUGAAACAGCAGACAAGAUAAGGGAGGAGAUUAAUGUCAUUGUCAGUUGUGCUGGUCGUACAACAUUUGACGACAGAUACGACUCUGCCCUAAGUGUCAAUGCUCUUGGACCUGGUAGGCUCUUAAGCUUUGGAAAAGAAUGCAAGAAACUGAAACUUUUCCUUCAUUUUUCAACUGCUUACGUGACUGGUAAGAAAGAGGGAACAGUACCAGAGACUCCUCUAUGCAUUGGAGAAAACAUAACUUCUGACUUGAACAUCGAAACAGAGCUAAAGUUAGCUUCAGAAGCUGUAAGAAAGUUCCAUGGCAGUGAACAAAUCAAGAAACUGAAAGAACUUGGUAUAGAAAGAGCUCAACACUAUGGCUGGGAAAACACUUACACGUUUACAAAAGCAAUGGCUGAGUCUGUAAUUCAAAGCAAGCGAGCAGAUCUUCCCGUAGUGAUCAUAAGGCCAAGUAUUAUCGAAAGCUCCUACAAGGAGCCUUUCCCUGGCUGGCUCCAAGGAAUAAGAAUGAGUGAUCCAGUCAUCUUGGCCUAUGGCAAAGGCCAGAUUUCUGACUUCUGGGGAGAUUAUGAAUCUUUAAUGGACAUUAUACCUGUUGAUAUGGUUGCGAACGCGGCAAUAGCAGCCAUGGCAAAGCAUGGUUGUGGUAAUGUCUCUGAGCUCAAAGUUUACAAUGUCACUUCUUCAUCUCAUGCGAAUCCCCUGCGAGUUGGAGAGUUGAUGGACCUCGCUCAUCAACAUUUGUGUGAGUCUCCAUUGACAGAAACAGUGAUAGACUUAACGCGUAUGAAGUUUCACAACUCUUUAGAAGGCUUCACUUCCUCUGUAUUCAACACAUUAGCAAAACAGGAAAGAGAGAUUAAAAAUGGAGGAGAAGCAGAGUCACAUACCACAUUGAGCAUGAAGGGAAAGAGGAUGUUAAACUAUUUUGUGUCCUUGGCAAGAACAUAUAAGCCUUACACCUUCUUUCAAGCUCGGUUUGACGACACCAAUACAAGAACUCUGAUAGAGGAGCUAUCAACGGAAGAGAGAAAGAUGUUUGAGUUCGAUGUGGGAGGCAUUGACUGGGAGCAUUACAUUGUCAAUGUUCAUCUUCCAGGUCUCAAAAGGCUAUUCUUUCAGGGAAGAGAGUGA